AUGAAAACAUCCUUCAGAAUCUAUCCAGUGGUGCAGCAGAUUCCAUUCUACUGUAAAUGGGUGCCGUUCAUAGCUGUCGGUCAGGUCAGCGAAGGAAUGACAUCUCUGACGUUGUCGACUGGAGAGAAGGGAAUGGCAGUACCGAUUCGGCGUCCAUACUCUGAAAACCAUGACGUCGUAGCUUGCUUCUCUCCCCUAUUUUUGAACGAGCGAUGGCAGUUGCUUCUUCUGACAGCGGAGGUUUACAGCUAUUAUGGAGCUGCCAUGCACUUCUAUGUCCGUUCCAUGAUCACAGAUCUGUUCUUGAUUUUAACUCAAUACCGGAAUGCGAGAGUCCAACCAUGGCCAGCUGUUCGGCUCGGUUCGAAGAGAGCAAACUCGGUGGAAUUUGAUCCUAACAUCGAACUAGAGUUUAGAAAUCAAGCAGCAGCAAUGACGGAUUGUCUUCUCCUAUACAAGGAAUCGGCCAAGUUCAUCAUCUUCCCUGACACUGAUGACGUCAUCAUUCCCCGCCUUGGACGGACAUACCUCGAAGAAUUCAAUCGGAUCUUCCUUAUGUAUCCCGACGCAGCUGCUAUUGCAUACAACAUGACGCAAUCAGGCAUAGUUUCGACUACAGCACCUUUAUCCUACUCGCCUGUUGACGUCUUGAAAUCCAUUCAAUUCAAAGGUGAGACACGUUGGGGGAAGAUCGUCGUACGCCCAGAACGUACCGAUAGUGCUUGGAUUCAUCGCAGUUAUGGAAUACGGGACGGAUAUGAACAGGUCACUCUGCCAAUUGAAAUGAACUCUGCUCUUCACCUACGUUUCUGGAACUUUGUCAAUCAAUCGCAGCCAUCUGACGAUCUAUCCCCUGAAUACAAUCCCUUGCUGUCCAAUUUCACCGGACCGCCUCUGUUCAAUAAUUCAGACCUAGCCAAUAUCCAGGAGAAUUUUUUAAGUCAUAUGCAGAAUGUAAUGGACAUUUAUGAACGACUCCCAGAGGUUUCUAUCUAUUAUCCAUUAAUAGAACAAUGCUACAAUAGGAUAUUCUACAAUGGCGAACAGCAUAGUAAAUGUAAAGGACCAGAGUUAUGCGAUUUGCCACGAUUCCCAGGAGUUCGCUGUGUAAACGUGAAGAGCGAGUUUGAGACUUUUGAAGGUUAUGAUCGGAUUUUCCUUCAUCGACUAGUCAACGCUCAAUUUGAACAUAGUGAUCUUGGUUGUUCACUAUAG